GCUUUUGAUUCAUAGCCCGAAAACAAAUUCAUAAGGCCCAGUUCCUUACGUGCAAAACCCUAGACCAUCUUCAUACUCUUGUUACGCCGUUAAAUACCAAGACUCGCAGCAGAAGAAGUAGCAUAUCGCUCCUCUAGAACCCUAAGCUACAAUGGGUAUAGAUCUUAUAGCUGGAGGUAAAAGCAAAAAAACCAAACGAACAGCACCUAAAUCCGAUGAUAUCUACCUCAAGCUCUUAGUAAAGCUAUAUCGCUUCCUAGUCAGAAGGUCUGAUAGCAAAUUCAAUGCUGUUGUACUCAAGCGCUUGAUCAUGAGCAAAGUCAACCAGCCUCCGAUUUCUCUGAAAAGGUUGAUUGCCGCCAUGAAGGGGAAGGAGGGCAAAAUUGGUGUUGUUGUAGGUGUUGUAACUGAUGAUAUCAGAGAAUAUGAAGUACCAGCAAUUCAAGUUACAGCACUAAGGUUUACUGAGACAGCAAGGGCACGAAUUGAAAGUGCGGGUGGUGAAUGCCUAACAUUUGAUCAACUUGCCAUGAGGGCUCCCCUGGGACAGAACACGGUUCUACUAAGAGGUUCAAAGAAUGCCCGGGAAGCAGUGAAACAUUUUGGUCGGGCUCCUGGUGUUCCACACAGCCAUACAAAACCUUACGUAAGAGCAAAGGGUAGGAAAUUUGAGAAGGCUAGAGGAAAAAGGAAUAGUAGAGGAUUUAGGGUUUGAGCUAACUUUUUACGAUUGAUUUUUUUGGUUUUCAACUUUUGUUUUUUUCAACAUCCAAUGUUGAGGGUUGCAGAUAUUUUGUUACAUAGAUUCAUUAUUGUGAAGGAUACACUUUUAUAACUCAAAUGUCAAGUUUAUUUGUCUCUUCACAA